AUGCAGCCCACCUCACUCAAGCGAGCGGCCUUCCUCAAGCAGUCCUCAUCAGCCGUCAAGAUGACUCGGCGCACCUACUGCAAGGGCAAGGACUGCAAAAAGCACACCCAACACAAGGUUACUCAGUACAAAGCUGGCAAGGCUUCCCUCUUUGCGCAGGGUAAGCGUCGAUACGACCGCAAGCAGAGCGGUUAUGGUGGUCAAACGAAGCCUGUCUUCCACAAGAAGGCCAAAACAACGAAAAAGGUCGUUCUGCGGUUAGAAUGCACACAAUGCAAGACCAAGGCGCAAUUAGCGCUCAAGCGCUGCAAGCACUUCGAAUUGGGGUACGUCAUGUGUAUGGAACGAGCAAAUUUGGGGGAGAUGCUGACCGUGACUGUAGUGGCGACAAGAAGACUAAGGGUGCGGCAUUGGUGUUCUAAAUGUGUGGCUUACUUCUCGCUGGCGUUCGGGUCGGCAUCAAGACCAUGGGAAGGCUGCGUAGAAAUUACGUAGUGCAUGCAAGCAUAAGCGAAAGCGGACG